CUACCUGACGCCCCGCCCCGUGGCCUCCGGAAGCACUUCCGGGCUGGCGCGGUCCCCUCUUGCUGCCGUCACCAAGGCCGAGGAGGAGUCGUUAACAGCGGCGCCUUGGCGGAAAGAUGGCGGCGGCCAUAGAGUGACCGGAGAGCGGAGGCGCCGGGAUCCCGCUGCGGCCCGGGGAGGGAACGAUGAAGUGAUGGAUCAUGAUGCUCCGACCAUCAGGCCCCGCAGAAUCCAGAACCAGAAUGUCAUCCACCGCCUGGAGCGCCGAAGGAUCAGCUCUGGUAAGGCCGGCACCCAUUGGCACCAAGUCCGGGUCUUCCACCAGAAUGUCUUCCCCAACUUUACUGUGGUCAACGUCGAGAAGCCGCCCUGCUUCCUGCGCAAGUUCUCCCCCGAUGGGCGCUACUUCAUCGCUUUCUCCUCGGACCAGACCUCCCUGGAGAUCUACGAGUAUCAGGGCUGCCAGGCAGCAGAGGAUCUCCUGCAGGGUUAUGAGGGAGAGAUCUUGGCCAAUGGCAACGACCAAAGAUCUGUCAACAUCCGUGGGCGGCUCUUUGAACGUUUCUUCGUCUUGCUUCAUAUCACCAACGUGGCCUCCAAUGGUGAGCACUUGAACCGCGAGUGCAGUUUGUUCACAGAUGACUGUCGCUAUGUAAUUGUUGGCUCUGCUGCCUACCUGCCUGAGGAACCUCACCCCCCAUUUUUUGAGGUUUAUCGCAACAGUGAGUCAGUGACCCCUAAUCCCAGGUCCCCCUUGGAGGACUAUUCUCUGCAUAUCAUAGAUCUUCACACAGGUAGACUCUGUGACACAAGGACAUUCAAAUGUGACAAAGUCAUCUUGUCUCACAACCAGGGCCUAUACCUGUAUAAGAAUAUCUUGGCUAUUCUCUCUGUGCAGCAGCAGACUAUUCAUGUCUUUCAAGUGACACCUGAGGGCACAUUCAUUGAUGUACGGACUAUAGGUCGCUUCUGCUAUGAGGAUGAUCUCCUGACCCUGUCCGCUGUCUAUCCAGAAGUGCAGCGAGACACUCAGACAGGGAUGGCAAACCCGUACAAAGAGCCCUUCAUAAAUUCUCUGAAACACAGACUGUUGGUGUACCUGUGGAGGAGGGCAGAGCAGGAUGGGAGUGCAAUGGCAAAAAGGAGGUUCUUCCAGUACUUUGAUCAGUUGAGGCAGCUGCGCAUGUGGAAAAUGCAACUGUUGGAUGAGAGCCAUCUGUUUAUUAAAUACACCAGUGAAGAUGUGGUCACAUUGAGGGUGACAGACCCUUCGCAGCCUUCGUUCUUUGUUGUGUACAACAUGGUGACCACAGAGGUUAUUGCUGUGUUCGAGAACACUUCGGAUGAGCUUCUGGAGCUCUUUGAGAACUUCUGUGACCUCUUCAGGAAUGCCACCCUGCACAGCGAGGCGGUCCAAUUUCCCUGCUCAGCUUCCAGUAACAACUUUGCCAGACAGAUCCAGCGCCGGUUUAAGGACACUAUUGUGAAUGCAAAGUAUGGAGGGCACACAGAGGCUGUGCGGAGGCUGCUGGGUCAGCUCCCAAUCAGCGCUCAGUCUUACAGCGGCAGCCCUUACCUUGACCUCUCCCUCUUCAGUUAUGAUGACAAGUGGGUGUCAGUCAUGGAACGGCCAAAGACAUGUGGAGAUCACCCCAUCAGAUUUUAUGCCCGGGAUUCUGGCCUUCUGAAGUUUGAAAUCCAAGCAGGACUCUUGGGCCGACCCAUCAAUCACACAGUACGACGCCUGGUUGCAUUCACCUUUCACCCCUUUGAGCCCUUUGCCAUCUCGGUGCAGCGGACUAAUGCAGAAUAUGUUGUUAAUUUCCACAUGAGGCACAGCUGCACAUAGUACAAUACUGGGCUGGGGCAGCUGUUGCCAUCGUGGACACACCAAAGCCGGACACUCAUGCCUUCUAGGAAACCAAACCAUUGGUCACCGAAGGAACCUGACCUGGAAGCCCUAACCAACCAGCAUUGUUCCCCAGCGUCUGCAGCUGGCACUCGCAAGCCAUUGAAAGAGAAUCCCAUUGUGCUUCUGAAGAAGCCAUCUUGAUUGGAGAUUAGUCUUGUGACCUUUUCUUUCUAUAGAUACCAUCCAGUUCAUAUUGCCAAAGCCCCUUGUUGCAUUAAACCCUGUCUUUUCCCACACCUAUUGGUGAACAAAAUGUAGCUGAGAAACCUUA